AUGGAUGUGAAGGAAGAGAUGAAAGAGGACCCAGAGAAUAACAAGAAAUCAGAGCUUGUGGAGGUCCAGAGCAAGAUGCGCGAACUGGGCAGCCCAGGAAACUUGAAAUGGAAAGAUUUCGCUGAGCAGCUUCAGGUGGCCUUUCCCAGGCGGACCGAUUUGUCCUACCUGGAGAGCCUUGAGUUGCCUCGGGGCCACGACCCGAGUGAGACGUUUCGGGUGUCUUUGUGGCAACUGGGCUUUGUGGAGUGCUGCAGCUCCAAGCCUAUGACGGCAGCGGCCCUGGCAGACGAGUAUUUAACGAACACUUGUCUGACUGCACAGGAGCCUUUGCUUCUGUAUCAGCAGCCCCUUGACCUGCCCUCGGAGUUCAAAUACUCUGAGGAGCUUGAGGACUGCAGCCAGCCGAAAAUCAUCAAAAAAUACAACGAAAGUGCCACGAAGGACUCGGCCAUCCAGGGGGCCAAAAGGAUGGGCCUGGUGGCACUCUUGGAUUUACCCGAGCAGUGCCUAUCCUUGUUGCUACAGCACGUAUCCGAAUUUGGAUUUGAUGGCUGCGCAUUCAAUGAGACCGCUUUUAGCAACAAGAAGCCCAUGCCUGGCUUUCAGCCGCGUGCAAACAGCGACCGAGCAUGGCAGAAAAGGCUAGCGGCAACAUCCGAAGGCUACGAAUUGCUGGUCCGCUACGUGCAUUGUUCACACGCGCGCAAACCCAGUGCAUUUCGCUCCAAAUUGGACACGGCUGCAAUGACCGAGGCAACGCAAAUGAGUCAGCUCUUGAUUUCAUGUUUGCAGGAAAUCCAAGACCAGCACGCUUUGCCCGGGGGAGCGAAAGACAAAAUCCUACAAGACUUCGUGGAUGGAGACAACAACCUGGAGCUGGAAUUACAAGGCGCCAUCUCAGAAUUGAAAAAGGGAUGGCAGCCUGCUGAGCUGACACCUUUCAGAGAGCUUAUCGCUACUUGCAUAGCCAACCGCGAUGGCAAAUUGGAAGCGCUGGGGAAAGGCCGCUGGGCAGCUUGA